CUCCUUCUUCUUCUAAUGGAUACUUCUUCUCCCUAUCUUCCAUUUCUUUACUCUUGUUUUCUCACAACUUUCACUAUUCCUUCAAAAGAUUUCAGUUUCUUUUCCUUUGGUUUUUCUCAUUGUUCUUCCCCAGAUUUUCAGUUUCUUUAUUUUCUUUCUUCUUCUUUUCACGAUUUUCUCGAUAUGGAGUCCAAUCUUUCAUCGGCUUGCCACCAUUCUUCGCCAAGAACAACCCCGACUCCCAGAUCUUGGUCCUAAGGAGCCUGUUGUAUUUGAUUCGAUUCGCAGACUGGAUCCAAUGCUAGGGUUUCCCAGAGAAAGGCAAUCCUCCGAGCCUCUGAUCCCCGAGUAGGUCAGAGCUUUCGCGCCGCCGUUGCUCGCGGCGGAGCUCCCGCUCAGGGACGUGGCGGAGCUGCAGGUCGUGGCCGCGGAGUGCUCCCGCUCAGGGACGCGGCGGGGCUCCCGCUCAGGGACGCAGCGGAGCCGCUGGUCGCGGCCGCGGUGGAGCUCAGGGACGCGGAGUUGCAGGACGCGGUGGAGUUGUUCAGGAAAUCGGAAACGUUGCUGGUCCGGGAAUAGGAGCUCCGCCGGUCCAGGAAUCGAAGUUGCAGCGGGUUUUGGAAUCGAAGUUGCUGCCGGUCUAGGAAUUGAAGAUGCUGCCGAUCCGGAAAUUGGAAAUGCUGCUGCCGGUCUGGUAAUCGAAGAUGCUGCGGGUGAUUAUACAUGAAUUACAUAAAAAAUAAAUAUACUAAUUAUCCUUUAGAAAAAAGGAAUUCAAACUAUGAAAAUAGAAUUAGUGACUAUUUUUAAUUCUAAUGUUUGAUGACAUAAAAAUAUGUGGAUUUUGAAUUGUUGAGUCUAAAAUAAAUUGCAUUUGAAGAAUUUAAUCGUAUCCACAUUAAUUUUUUUAGAAUGUCACCUUUCAAUUCCAAUUUUAUCACUGCCAUCCCGUGCAUCGCACGGGUACUAGUCUGGUUAAGAAAAUAGUCAAAUUCCUAGUAGGAUUCGGAUUUGAUACCCGUGGACCGUAGUAUUUCCUAAAUAUACAAAUCGAGAUCAAAGGGGUUUCGCUAUCGAUUCCUUUUUCCCUCGCCACAAACAAGCUCUGGCUAUGGCGGCUUCUUCCGAAUCCGGAUGUAGCAGCAAAGUCAGAUAUUAUUACGAAACUCGAGUUUUCACACCUGAGAACGUCGACGAUGACGACCCAGAUUCCUCCUUUAAAGCAGCCCACCCCAUCGCCGCCGCAGCAGCAUCUCCAGGUACGGCAUGCUCUUCAUCCGUUUUGUUCAAGGUGCAGAGCAUCCUGAGAUUAAGCGUGGCAGGAGGAAAUCCUAUGACGGAGUUCCUGGAGGAGAAUGAUUGGCGGGAAACAAGGCAGUCAUCCCUUGAGCUUCCUUGCUCUAAAGACGGAAUCAUAAUAGAUGAUAAGGAUAAUCUAAAAAUAAUAUCUGAAGCGCUUACCGCCCUUAGGGUUCUCAAAGUCUCUCACCAGUCGAUUAUGGACCAACUUCGCCAGGGGGCUGCUUCUCUGGGGUUAUCUCCCAAGUUCGUGGUGGAAAUCUGCGAGGUGACCCACGUCACACUCCCCCUUAUAGACGAAGAAGGAAAACGAUUCAUGGAAGAAGGUGAAACAGUCCUCAUUCCUCAUAAUGGGGAAGGGGAAGGGGAAGGGGAAGGGGAAGGGGAAGAAGAAGAGUGGGUUUGCCCCAUCUGCUGGGAAAUAUUCAAACAGGACGAGCCAUGGAGUGAGAUGCCUUGCUGCUCUAAGGCUUUCCACCGUGAUUGCAUCUCAAUGUGGAACACCGAACGUGUCAAGAAGUGCCCCUGGUGCCGUUCCUCCUUGCCGCUUGUGCUUCAGUCAGCAAAGGGCGUUAUUCACCGAUCCAACUCAGAGUAUUUUUCAUCUCCCAUUCAACCUGGGUUUGAUAUAUGCUUAGUGGCACUAUGGCAUCUUUUAGAGGAAGUGUCUGUCUGGAGCAAGGAAAAAUUACAUAUUCACGGGUGUGACUGUGGCUGUCUCACACGACGGGUUGAAAUAAUAGUAAUUUAGCAUCAGUUUGUUUCAACUAGGUGGAAAUUAUCAAUUGAGUUUUGAAAAGUGGAUUAAGUUAUUAGAUCUUGGUGUUUCUGUUAAACAGUAUAUCUUACAAAUGCUAGAAUUUGAUAUAUACAUGAUAGGCUUAUUGGGUAUGU